CUACAGCUCAUAGAAGAAUACCGUAAACAUAAUGUUUUAUGGGACCCACGAGAUGAAAACUACAAGAAAAAGAAUUUAAAAGGAGACGCCUGGAAGAUAAUUGGCGAAGCAUUAAACACUGAACCCGACUUAUGUAAAAGUAAAAGCAAAGGAACGGGAAAAGGUAAAAAUCAAGACCACUUGUUAUUUUAUUUAUUUAUUAUUGAUAAUGAAGACAUCGCUAUUGAUGACAAUACUGGUGAUACGGGUACUGAUGAGGAACCAGUUGACACAGCAACAUCAAACUCUCUUCAACCACAAGUGCCCCCUCCUCCCAAAAAAAAAGAAAAUCAAAGUCUUAACGAUGAUAAUGACGAGAUAAUUACUUUUUUCAAAUUUGCAGCCAAUAAAAUGAGAAAGUAUGACACACAUACUAAGAAUGCCGUGCAACAGGCAAUAUGCGAUAUUAUUUUUAAAGCCGAUUACGUUUACUAUAGUCAGUUACAAUAUGGAUACUACAUAUCGCCGUCGUCAUCUACAUCAACAAAUGUGCCUUCUCCGCCAUUCGUAUGUCAACAAAAUACCACUCCGACUCAGGCGGAAAACAGUCCGAGGGGUAGUGAUUGGGAUAUACAAGAUCUCAUAUAAUUUUUCUGACAUAAUAAAACAUAAGUAUUAGUAAUAAAGUGUGGAUACUAAAUAAAAAAAUUGAGCUUUUUACUUACCUUAAUGUUUUCCCUUAAUACGUGAAUUAAUGCACGGCAUACAUCUGGAAUGAAUUUGCUGAUUGCUUGUUUAGAUAUUUUAAACAAAUAUUGCAUACUUGUAAAGCUAUCG